AUGCUGGACUACUGCUGCUGCUUCACCCGCGGGGGGGUUUUGCUGUGGGGCUUUUGCUUCUCUAAGGCGCCCCUGAAGUCCUUAUGUCAGCUCAUUGAGAAUGUCCUCCUGGAGGAGCGCGCUGGCAGCAGCAGCGCGAACUUCGGGGGUUUGUCUUUUCAGUGGGUUUGUUUAAACCCUUUGCAGCUUUUUUUUGCUGCUGCUUAUUCGGGCCUUCGAAAUGUGGCUCUCGUCGAUUUGCUGCUGCAGCAAACUGCUGCUGCCUUCGCGCAGCACGUCCACGGCCUCAGCGACAUGCUGGACUACCCGCUGAAGGUGGGCGGCGGCCCCGACCCUUUUGACGAAACCUUUUUGCACAUAUUGGCUCGGGCGCAGCAGAAGCGGCAGGAGGCCCCCCCGCAGCAGCAGCAGCAGCAGCAGCAGCAGCAGCAGCAGCAGCAGCGGCAGCAGCACGGGAGAAACAGAGAGUCCAAGCAGGCCAAAAAGGCCAAAGACAAAGGGGGAAGCCCCAAGGCUGCUGCUGCUGCUGGCUACUGGACCGAAAACAAAGUGACAAAGAAAAGCAUGGAGGCCCUUGACUACAGCAAGAAGACAGGGAACGGCGACGGGGCUGCGCAUGCAAUAGAGCGCAAAACAUAUGGUGCUGAUUCGGACAGCCAGUCUUCUGAAGAGGAAACAGAAGCAGCAGCAGCAGCAGCAGCAGCAGCAGCAGCAGCAGAAGGCAGCUGGCUCAGCUUCUUGCCCAAAUCGCUGCAGAAAAUAGCAGCAAAGAACGUGGCUGAAGAGGUCACGGAUUUGCUGCUGCUGAGUGUCAAAAAAAACCUCUUGGGCACAAAAACCCCCACUCUGGUGUCUGUACACCAGACAGUCAAGAGGGCUGUCAAAGAGGCCAUUGUGAAACUCCUCACCCCAAAAAGGUCAGUGGACGUGUUGGGGCUUUGUCUGCAAGCGCGGGCGGAGGGCCGCGUUUUCUCGGUCGUCUUUUUGGGCAUCAACGGCGUCGGCAAAUCCACCAACCUCGCCAAAGUCGCUUACUACCUCAAACACGUCAGCAGCAGCAGCAGCAGCAGCAGCAGCAGCAGCAGCAGCAGCAGCAGCAGCAGCAGCAGCAGCAGCAGCAGAGCAGCAGCAGCAGCAGCAGCAGCAGCAGCAGCAGCAGCAGCAGCAGCAGCAGCAGCAGCAGCAGCAGCAAGAGUAGCAGCAGGAAGAGUAGCAGCAGCAGAGGCAGCAGCAGCAGGAAGAGUAGCAGCAGGAAGAGUAGCAGCAGCAGCAGCAGCAGCAAGAGUAGCAGCAGCAGCAGCAAGAGUAGCAGCAGCAGCAGCAGCAGCAGCAGCAGCAAUCCGUGCAGUCCGGUGCCUCGAAAUCCCCCUUUUCGAAAAGGGCUACGGCAAAGACGCAGCAGCAAUUUGCAAAGAAGCCCUCGCGCAUGCAAAAGAGACUGGAGCUGAUGUCGUUUUGGUCGACACUGCGGGCCGCAUGCAGGACAACGAGCCUUUGAUGCGGGCGCUCGCGAAACUUGUGGAUUUAAAUAAUCCAGAUUUAAUUCUUUUUGUUGGAGAAGCUCUUGUUGGAAACGACGGAGUUGAUCAGCUCAAGAAGUUCAACCAGGCGCUCGCCAACAACCCCACCAAAGGUUUAGAGGCUUUGGCGGGCCCGCAGGUAGGAGCUGCCCUCAGCAUGGCGUACAUCACGGGGCAGCCAAUUGUCUUCGUGGGCACUGGCCAAAAGUACCAAAACUUGAAAAGACUCAACGCAGUUCAAUGGGCGCGGUUUGGGGGGGGUCUUCGCGCGGAGCUGGGCGGCGCCUCCCGCAGGCGCCCUCCCGCCAGCCAGCGGCCGCCAGAAAGGACCAGUGGUCCACUUGAGUGGUCCACUGCGUUUGCUGCUGCAAUGGGGAGCGCCGUGGAGGAGUUUGUGGAGCUGCACGAGGCGCUGCUGAGCGAGGAAGCAGCAGCAGAAAAAGCUGAACUCGAGGAGCUGCUGCAGAGCCUCUCGCUGCAGCAGCUCGCGGACUCCGGCGUGGCGCUGCCGCGGCUCGUUGUGACUGAAGUGACUUCUGGCUUAUAUGGCCGCACGCUGGUGUCUUUUACCUGCAAGCGUGCUGCGCUGCAGCAGCUGCACUCCUCCCCGCAGCAGCAGCAGCAGCAGCAGCAGCAGCAGCAGCAGCAGCAGCAGCACCGGCUCUCCCCGGGGGACAUUGUGGGCGUUUUCCCCCACGACAGGCCCAUUGCUGGCAGCAGCAGCGCAGUGGCCUCUGGAGUUGUCCACAAGAUUCUUCCUUGGGGAAUAAAGAGCAGCCCCGCGCAGCACUUGGUGGCAGUUUGCUUCGGGAAGUCUCGGCCCCGGUUCUUGCCGUUUCCUGCUGCUGCUGCUGCUGGCAGCACGGGGCCCGCUGCUGCUGCUGCUGCUGCUGCUGCAGCAGCAGCAGCAGCAGGGGCGGCGGGCGCGCGGGGCGAGCCGCUGCUGCGGGACUGGCGCGAAGUGCUGCUGCCAGCAGCAGCGCUGCAGCAGCAAGCAGCAGGGGCCCCCGGGGGCCCCUGGUUCAGCCCGGGGCUGACGCAGCAGCAGCAGCAAGCUGUUUACUUGGGGCUGCUUUCUCUGGACUUGGCUUUAAUCCACGGGCCCCCCGGCACUGGCAAAACUGCUGCUGCAGUUGAGCUGCUGCUGCAGCUGCUGGCAGCAGGCUGCCGCGUCCUCGCCGUCGCCCCCAGCAACGUCGCUGUGGACAACCUCCUCGAGCGCUGCCUUGCAGUGGCCAGGGCCUGCUGCAGCAGCAGCAGCAGCAGCAGCAGCAGCAGCAGCGGCAGCAGCAGCAGCGGCAGCAGCAGCGGCGGCAGCGGCGGCGGCGGCAGCAGUGGCAGCAGCAGCAGCGGCGGCAGCAGCAGCGGCAGCGGCAAAAGCAGCAGCAGCAGCAGCAGCAGCAGCAGCAGCAGCAGCAGCAGCAGCAGCAGGGGGCAGCUGCUGCUGCAGCAGCUGCGGCGCUGCGUGCGAAUAGGCCACCCCGCGCGGGUGGACGAGCAGCUGGCAGCAUUUUGUUUGGAGCAGCAGCAAUUUAAAAGUGACUCUGGAGAGCUUUUGAGGGACUUGAAGAAUGAGCUGGACAGCGUGCUGCGCGAGCUUGGCCGCCAGCAGCAGCAGCAGCAGCAGCAGCAGCAGCAGCAGCAGCAGCGGGAGCGGCGCCGCGAGCUGCGCGCAGAAGCCAAGCGCCUCCGCAAGGAGCUGCAGCAGCAGCAAAAGAAAGCUCUUCGAGAAACCCUCGCAGCAGCUCCAAUUGUUUUUGCCACUUGCGCAGGAGCAGCAGAUCCUGCGCUGCAGCGGCUCGCCAGGGGCAGCAGCAGCAGCAGCAGCAGCAGCAGCAGCAGCAGCAGCAGCAAAGGCGGGGAUGCUGCUGAUAAGGAACGGCCGCUGCCCUUCGAUGUCGUCGUCGUAGACGAGGCCGCCCAGGCGGUGGAGGCUUGCUGCUGGAUAAGUUUGCUGCUGGGCCGGCGCUGCGUGUUGGCUGGAGAUCACCUGCAGCUGCCGCCGACAGUGAAGAGCAGCAAAGCCCUUUUUAAGGGUUUGGGAAAGUCCCUCUUUGAGCGGCAGCAGCUGCUGCUGGGGUCUGCUGCAGCGCAGCAGCUGCUGCUGCAGUUCCGCAUGCACCCCCACAUCAUGCGCUGGAGCAGCAGCUGCUUCUACGGCGGCCGCCUUGUUGCUGCUGCUGGCCUCCACGCCCGCAGCCUUGCUGCAGCAACUCCUGCUGCUGCUGCUGCUGCUGCUGCGCUGCUGCCCGUCGUCUGGAUAGACACGGCGGGCAUCUCUUGGCUGCAGGAGGACGAGCUGGGCCCCCCGCGCCCCGCCGCUGCUGCUGCUGCUGCUGCAGCAGCAGCAGCAGCAGCAGCAGCAGCGGGGCUGCGCUGCUCGCGCAGCAACCGCGCAGAAGCCGCACUUGCACGGAAAUACGUGCAAGAACUUGUCGAAGUUUUUGGAAUUCCUCCGAAAGAAAUUGGAGUUAUAACUCCUUACGCUGCGCAGGCGCAGCUGAUUCGCCAGCUGCUGGCAGCAGCAGACGCAGACGCAGCAGCAGCCCCCAGCAGCAGCAGCAGCAGCAGCAGCAGCAGCAGCAGCAGCAGCAGCAGCAGCAGCAGCGGGGGGCUGCUGCGGGAGGUCUGCGUGCAGACUGUGGACGGGUUCCAGGGGCGGGAAAAAGAAGUUAUUGUCAUUUCUCUUAGCCCGCAGCCACUUAGUCAUUAUUGGAGACUCCGAGACCGUAACCCGCCCCCCCAAACAAGCCCCCAGCAGCUGCAGCUGCAGCAGCUGCUGCAGCAGCAGCAGCAGCAGCAGCAGCAGCAGCAGCAGCCAAGGCCAGCCAGCAGCAGCAGCAGCAGCGGCAAAGGCGCUGCAGCGGCCUCAGCUAACGGACAGCCUCGCGUCCCGAAGAAACAGCAGGGGAACCGCCCUGCUGCUGCUGCUGCUCCUGCUGCUGCUGCUGCUGCUGCUGCUGCUGCUGCUUGCGAGAGUGCGGGGGGCCCCCAAGGGGCCCCCACUCCCCUUGAAGAUGCCUUCAUGAGGGAGACGCGGCAGCUGCUUGAAGAUCUGCGCCGCAGGGCCCUUGGGGGCCCCCUGGAGUCUAAGGGGGCCCCAGGGGGCCCCCUGAAGUCUAAGGGGGCCCCCAGGGGCCCCCUAGAGCCCAGGGGGGCCCCCGGGGGGCCCCCGGGGCCUGAGGCCCCUGGCCCCCCCCCGGAGUCUGGGGGCCCCAGGGGCACCCCAGAGUCUGGGAGCCCCGGGGGCCCCCCGGGGGCUGGGGGCCCCGGGGGCCCCGGGGGCCCCCCUGGGUCUGGGGCCCCCGGGGGCCCCGGGGGCCCCCCUGGGUUUGGGGCCCCCGGGGGCCCCGGGGGCCCCGGGGGCCCCCCUGGGUCUGGGGCCCCCGGGGGCCCCGGGGGCCCCGGGGGCCCCGGGGGCCCCGGGGGCCCCGGGGGCCCCUGGGGCCCUGGGGGCCCCCGGGGGCCCCCUAGUGAAUGGCAUUAUUCAUUUCCUUGUUCACUUUCUUCUUAUCAGCGGCUGCUGGUGCAUCAGCUGGCAGCAGAACUGCAGCUGGGGCAUGAGUCUAGAGGGGAGGGUCUUGAGAGGCAUGUGGAGGUUUGGGUGAGGGCGCCUGCUGCUGCUGCUGCUGCUGCUGCUGCUGCUGCUGCUGCGGGGGGGGAGGGAGCAGCAGCAGCAGCGGGGGGCGCGCGCAGCAGCAAAGGCAAAGGGGCAGCAGCAAAGGAAAAGAAAAAGCCUUCGGAAGUGGAGACAGAUGAAGAGACACAAGAGGAGAGCAGCAGCUCGCUGGAACUGGGGACUUCUGGGGAAGAAGAUGCAGCAGCAGCAGCAGCAGCAGCAGCAGCAGCUUCCGAGCCGCAGCAGCAGCAGCAGCAGCAGCAGCAGCAGCGGCAGCAGCAGCAGAAGCAGCGGAAGCAGGGGCGGGGAAGGGCGCGCAAGGGCGGCAAGGCUGCAGCGGGAAAGGAGGAGAGCGAGGAGGACUUUGAGCUGCUGCUGCUGCAGCAGCAAGCAGCAAACAAGUGCUGCAGCAUGCAUGCAUGCAAAGAAGCAGCAGACUGGCUGGGCCGCUGCUGCCCGCACUGCAGCAGCAGAUUUUGUCUGCAGCACGCAAUGCCGGAGGUGCACGGCUGCGGCGCUGCUGCUGCUGCUGCUGCCAAGAGGGCCUUUCGUGCUGCUGCUGCUGCUGCAGCAGCAGCGCCAGCAGCAGCAGCAACGCGCAGCCGCAACCCCCUAGCCAGACAAAUCCUGCAAAAUAACUUGAGAAAAAGUAUUGAGCAAAAGGCCAAAGAAAGAACGCCAGCAAAAGAAGCCAAAAAGAAAAAAUAA